AUGUGGGUUUUUUGGUGUAAAAGGUGGCCCAAAUGGGGGGGUGGCCCGAAUGUGGACCCCUUGACUUACAACAAGGUCGCCGGUAGCCAGCCAUUGGAGCUGGACGUUCAUUACCAGGCAGGCGGCUCAAGCACACCCAAGCCAAUUGCUUUCUACUAUCAUGGUGGCAGUUUCGUCGUUGGCAACAGGAGUAUGAUCCAGCCCCAUUACGUGCAGAAGCUUCUUGAGCUCGGGUUUGGAGCGGUGGUUUCUCCGGACUACAGACUGUCGCCUACAGUCUCCGCCUUCGACGGCGCGGUCACGGACUCGAGGGAUGCAUAUGCCUCAGUGGCAAAGCCGCCUCGAGCCAUCCUAGAUCUGUGUGGGCUCAAGUACGUACAGGACGAAUCCUUCAAGGCCCAUGCUAAGCUUCCUCCACUGGAGCUCCCGAGCGUUGAGUUUAGGAAGAAGAUUUAUGAGGAUGUUCCUCCACCGACCGGAGCGCCGCCUCCGUUCGGUCCUAAGGGUUUUGAUGUCACCAGCUAUCGUAAUGCUUGGCUUUUCGGCACUAUGAAAGACGGCCGGCUGUUUGAUGAACUUGCUCCUGACGGGAACUACGACAAGAUAGACCCAGCAGUACUGCUCACAUCCUCUUGUCCCCCAACUUUCUUCGUCCACGGAUCGGCCGACACGUCAGUCAGCGUCGAAUUAUCCAAGCGGGCUCACAAGCAGCUGAAGGAAAUCGGAGUGGAAACUGAGCUGGUUGUGGUGGAUGGUGCAGGUCAUGCCUUUGAUAUGGGUUCGAAGGCUGGGGAUCCAGGAUAUGAGGCUGUUAUCAAAGGCUUGGAGUUCUUGCGAGCACACACUUAG